UGAAGAAACAGUCAGGAGCUAGUCUGAUCUCUGAAUUUGAAUGAUAAAAUGAUCCGAUUAUUUUUUAAUUUUAUUGUGAUUCAAGCUGGAAUAUUAAAAAUAUUUUGUUCCAGGGUCCUGAAGACAGAAAACUAACAACUUCAUUUACAUGUCUUUAUUGUUAUUUCAUCAUUGUUUUACCUUUCUUUAUUAUUUCAUGUCUUCUAGUCUAUCUAGCUGUAAUCUCACUGCUCAGCAUUGUGAAAUAGUGUCAUCAGCCCUUCAAUCCUCAAACUGUGUCCUGAGAGAGCUGGACCUGAGUAACAAUGACCUGCAGGAUUCAGGGGUGAAGCUGCUCUCUGGUGGACUGAAGAGUCAAAACUGUCAGCUGCAGAUAGUGAGUCUGUCUGGCUGUAAUCUCACUGUUCAGUGUUGUGAGAGUUUGUCAUCAGCUCUUCAAUCCUCAAACUGUGUCCUGAAAGAGCUGGACCUGAGUAACAAUGACCUGUCAUAUUCAGGAGUGAAGAUGCUCUUGGAUGGACUGAAGAGUCCAAACUGUCAGCUGCAGAUACUGAGUCUUUCUGGCUGUAAUCUCACUGCUCAGAAUUGUGAAAUAGUGUCAUCAGCUCUUCAAUCCUCAAACUGUGUCCUGAGAGAGCUGGACCUGAGUAACAAUGACCUUCAAGAUAUAGGAGUGAAGCUGCUCUCUAAUGGACUGAAGAGUCCAGACUGUCAGCUGCAGAUACUGAGGCUCCGUUUGACAUGUCGCAUCGACAUCAAGUGA